UGGAAACGAAAGAGAAGACUUGGAAACGGCCCCUCUUUCUGAGUGGGUGUUAAUGGCGACGGAGCUCUCGUUAGAAUUAGAUCGCCUCUUCUUUCCCAUUUCCGUCCCCGAUUUCAAUAAAUUUAUUUAAAAUUCCUCUCUUCUCGGGUGACAUGCCUAUUACGUAUGGUAGAUUUUUAGAGGCAUUGUGAUGAUUGAUACAGCUUUAAUAGCAGAGAAGUUAAAAGAGUUUGGGUAUCAACAGAGAUAUUUAGAGAGGAAGAUAGGUUGGCUGAUGUCUUUUGACAGAGACAUAAGGCAAUGGAAAUGUGGAAAAGCAGGUGUGGUGAAUCUACAAAAAGUGAGUUCUAUUGUACGCGACAUCGGGGAACCUUGUCUUCAUCAAUCAUCCAUAAAGGUUGUUAUAACUAUAAACAAAAUGCUCAAGCCUGAUAAGUGGCAGGCAACUUUCGAUGGAGAUGGAAAAGUUUCUGGUUUUAGGAAAGUUCUGAAAUUGAUUAUUUUGGGGGGUGUGGAUCCAUCUAUAAGGCCUGAAGUAUGGGAGUUUCUGUUGGGUUGUUAUGCUUUGAGUAGUACGGCUGAAUACCGUAGGCAGUUGAGAACUGCCAGGAGGGAGCGUUACACAGAACUUAUUAAGCAAUGUCAAACGAUGCACUCAAGCAUAGGAACUGGUUCCCUUGCCUACGUCGUUGGAUCCAAGGUCAUGGAUAUGAGAACCAGUUCCAAAGAUGAAGGGAAAAGGGAAGCUGAAGUCCAAAGUAGACAAGCCUCUGAUGUUGAUACUAACAAGCCAGACAGUUACACUAAUGGGAAUAAUAAUUGUACAGAUACAUCACAUGCAUAUAAAAGGGAAAGUUCUAGUGAUUCUGGUGACCUUUUAAGUGUAAGAGGGAGCUUAAUUGGUGCAGCAUAUGACUCUUCCUGUUUCCUGCCUGCCUCACCUAUUUCUGUUCAUUAUAAGUGCAGUUCCCCAAAUCCUGUGAAAGAAACAUUUGGAUCAAAUUUUCAAGCUGAGAAUUAUUUUGAUUUCCCUCCCUUACCUGUAACAGAUUUGUUUGAGAAACGGAAAAAGGAUAAGAAAGGAUGCAGGUCAUUUGAUGGAGGACUUUCCACCCGCCGUAGAUUGAGAUUUGGAGAUGAGCACAUGCAUAGUUUUCGAAUUAGUAACAAUGCAGAUCUAGUUGUUGAAUCAAACCAUUCUGCACCUGAUGAUAUUUUACGUUGUUCAAACUCUGAAAGUGAUGUUUGUUGGGAUGGGCAUAAUCCUGUUUCAUGGUCUGAGAAUCUAGUAUAUGAAACUGAGAUGCUUAACAAACUUAGGAUAUCUGAUGCACCAGAAACUCCACCUAUAAAUGCAGCCACAUCUCAAGCGGGGACUGUUAGUGAAGACAGAGCGUCUGAAUGGCUUUGGACACUGCAUCGGAUAGUUGUUGAUGUAGUUCGAACAGAUAGUCAUCUUGAAUUUUAUGAGGAUACAAAAAAUUUGGCACGAAUGUCUGAUAUUCUUGCUGUUUAUGCAUGGGUUGAUCCUAGAACUGGAUAUUGCCAAGGUAUGAGCGAUUUGCUGUCUCCUUUUGUUGUCCUCUUUGAGGAUAAUGCUGAUGCUUUUUGGUGCUUCGAGAUGCUUCUAAGGAGAAUGCGUGAAAACUUCCAAAUGGAAGGCCCAACAGGUGUCAUGAAACAGUUGCAAGGACUGUGGCACAUCUUGGAGCUUACAGAUAAAGAAAUGUUUUCCCACCUAUCCCUGAUAGGUGCUGAGAGCCUGCAUUUUGCUUUCCGGAUGCUACUGGUACUUUUCCGGCGGGAGUUGUCUUUCAAUGAGGCUCUGUCUAUGUGGGAGAUGAUGUGGGCAGCUGAUUUUGAUGAAUCUUUGUCUUGCCAUCUGGAUGACAAUUGCCCAGAACUAUUAGUAAUACAGAUCCCUAGGGACUCUAGAGCAGAAAUGGAACAAGAAAGCAUUGACAAUAGUCCUAGUUGUUUAAAGGGUGGUGCAUCAUCCAAAAAGGGACACCUAGAACACUCCGUAUCUGACAACACAGGCAUAAAGUCAGCAUCAGCUCAUCCCUUUUGUGGUUUGGCAAAAACAUUUUGGUCCAGAAAUGACCGCUUGCAUGUUGGUACUGCAUUAUCAACAAUGGGAAAUGGCGAUGAUGAAUUACCUGUUUUCUGUGUGGCAGCAAUUCUUAUCAUGAACCGUCAGAAAAUUAUUCGAGAAACACAUUCCAUAGAUGAUCUAAUAAAGAUAUUUAACGACAAUUUGUUAAAGAUCAGGGUCAAGAGAUGCAUACGUACGGCUAUCAAACUACGAAAGAAGUACUUUUACAAACUGAUCAAGAGCAGGAGCCCUGCAGCUCAGAGUGUUGACUAGAGUUUUUCCUUCAUUAUGACAUAACUUGAUGACAAUACAGUAGCACUUUGAAUUGAUGCUGGUUAUACAAGAUUCCAGUCUGUGGUUUGGCAAUUGCUUUGCAAAUAAGUUUUAUCUUUAAGGAGUUUAAGCAAAUUGCUCGUGAUGUUUGGAGAUUAUUUGUCUGCUCAAACCCUAAAACUAUUCCACCACAGUACAAAGGACACUAAAGUGGAAAUCUUCCUUCGCUUUGUUUGGGGCUGUCCACGACUACUUCUUGCAGGUUAGGAGUAACCAAAGUCUUUUUUCUUUUACACAUGUUUAUAGACUUUGGAUUGACAUCUCAGGAUACAGCUUACCGACCGAACUUAUAGACUUUAUGUGCUAUUAUUUAUUAGAACAUAUCAUCUUAGAAAUUCUUGAUAGCGAUAUUUUUUGGAUAUCAUUGUACUUUUAAUUUUUUUAUUGCUUGGAUGUUCUUCUUCAUCUUGUUUAAUGCACUUGUACAAAAAUGACAAAUAGUACCUAUGAACUUAUAAUGGAUCUGCCUACAUGAUGCUGGGAUUAUUUCCA